AUGUCUAGCACUACGGAAUCCAACGAAGGUUCCGUUGAUAGAAGCUUAAGCGAAGCUAGGCUCAUUGCAUGCUUCAAUUCAGAGAUAACCCAAGUCACUGCGGAGACUCUUCUUCGCUGGAUCGGCAUGCCGGCUGCAUUGCGCCUGAGCGGCGAAGUCGUCCUAAAGAAAGUCAGCCUGGAACACCAGGGAAAGUUCCGCUACAAGCUUGUUCCGCUCAAGUUGUUGGAGUCCUCCGAAAUACUCGAGGCCGGUGUCUACGGCUACUACUUUCCAGGACCUCGUGGAGCAAAACCUAUAAUUCCAGCAUUGCGCGUCAAAACAUUCAAGCAGCACCGAGAAGAAACUCUGCAGUAUUUAGAAACAACUCCGCACGAUCACCACAAGUGGUUUGAGCUCGAACAUCACAAUGUCCAGGACGACGAUGUCCGUGCUGAGGUCAAAAUACCACACAACCGGUGCAUCUUCACCGGAUUCAUGUCGAGUAAUGCCGUUCCGCAGUACGGAGCGGACGGGGGCCAUGCCGUCGCUCAGGAUGUAACAGACGCAAGCGGUGCCACCAUCGGCGGACCCACCGCCGUGGCAAUUGCUGGAUCUACAGACUCUGCUUCCGCGGAGGGCGUAGACCUUCGCUGGAUUCUUCCUAGGGACAUGCGCGAUACGAAUGGGGCUGUUUUUCUAUGGCGUAUGCGGAGCGUGGACAUAGUCGACAUACCGCUGACCGAGGCGGCAAAUGUUUUGCCGAUGCGUGACGCCGUGCACGAGCUAUGGUUUGCCAAUGAGUUCAGCGUCGAUGUCGAUGAUGAGUACCGCAUCUACACCUUCACCGAAGCCGCAACGAAGGCAGGCUUGCCUGAACGACUCAGCCUGCCCGCAGAGGCAGUCUCAUCUCAUUUCUAUGACAUAUACCUCCGUGAACAUAUGCUGCACACUCUUUUGCUGCGUGUUAACGGCGGAGCUUUUCGCGGAGUAUGGGCUCUUGACGAGAACGCUUCGGAGUGGUAUGAUGAGGAAGAGCAGCAGGUGGAGGCAGUCACCGAUGCAAUGACGGAGCUGCAGAUAUCCAAGGAUGAUGGAAUGUAA